AUGCCGUCGGAUCCCACGUUGGAGGACAAUCAAGACGCCGUGGUGGCACACACACCGCUGGGAGAAGACCCGGAGGAACGAAAUGAUGAUUAUGAUGAUUCCGUGAAUGAAGGAAUACCGCCGGUGGUGCUGCGCCUUCGCGAUGUGGAGAAGUCGUACACCAUUGAAGGCACGGACGAACGUGUGGUGGCGCUGCGCGGUGUUUCUCUCUGCGAGGAGGCGACUGUGAGCGGCGGGGAGGGCCGGCGGGGGUUUGCGCCCGUCCGCCGCGGGGAGUUUCUGAUGAUCCGCGGGCCCAGCGGCGGUGGAAAGACAACACUGUUGAAUAUCAUCGGCACGAUUGACAGUCCCUCCGGCGGGACGGUGGAGUUGAUGGGAACCGUGAUUGACAGCAACACACCAGACAAUGUGUUGGCGGACUUUAGACUACGUAAGAUUGGAUUUGUCUUCCAGACAUUUAAUCUCAUCUCCACCAUGACGGCAAUGGAGAAUGUGGAGUUGCCCAUGACUUUACUGGGGAAGUUAUCUAAACAAGAACGGCGACUUCGUGCAUUUCAACUACUUUCACUUGUAGGUUUACGAAAUCGUGUAAACCAUCUGCCAUCAGAACUUAGUGGUGGAGAACAGCAGCGAGUUACAAUUGCACGGAGUUUAGCCAAUAAUCCAUCACUGUUGUUGUUGGAUGAACCUACUGGAGAUUUGGAUACAUUAAACACCAUUGAAGUAAUGGAUUUAUUACUGCGUCUCAACCGUAUUACCAAGACAACGUGUAUUAUGGUAACACACAAUCCAGAUGUAGAGUGCUACGCUGACCGUAUUUUAUAUGUGCAAGAUAGUCAUUUUGUUAAGGAAGUGCGAAACAGCAAACCACAGCGGUUGGUCUAUGAAAAAUAUGUAAAAAAUCUUGAGAAGAGGCAAAAUCAGUUAACAAUAGCCUUAAGUCUCGAUGAUGAUGAUGAUGAUGAUGAUGAUAAUGGGGGAACUGAUGUGGAGAACCUUGAAGGAUUGUGA